AUGGCAUUUAAUCCAUUUUUGGCAAGGCCAGAAUUGGCCUUGCUACCACCUUACCUUCAACCACCACCAUUUCCAUCUUUGCCUGGUCCAACGGGUUUUUUCCCUCGAUUACCAACUGAAAUAACCGAAUUUGCGCCAUCAUUACCAUCAACAGGUACACAAAUUGCGGAUGAUGACGGUGUAGUUGAUGAUCCAAAAGUAGAAUUAGAUGACAAAAAUCUCUGGGAUCAAUUCUGUAAUUGUGGUACCGAAAUGGUCAUCACUAAAAGUGGAAGGCGAAUAUUUCCGGCCUUCAAAGUAAAGCUUUCCGGUUUGGAUAAACGUUCCAAGUAUAUUUUACUAAUGGACAUUGUACCGGCUGAUGAAUGCCGCUACAAAUUUCAUAAUUCUCGAUGGAUGGUAGCUGGUAAAGCAGAUCCGGAAAUGCCAAAACGUAUGUAUAUACAUCCGGAUAGUCCAGCAACCGGUGAACAUUGGAUGACAAAGGGAGCGAAUUUUCAUAAAUUGAAAUUGACGAAUAAUAUCUCAGACAAGCACGGUUUUCAAAGCACGCCGACAGCAGAAGCUAACAAGAAAGCUGGAAAGUAUGCUAGCAAGCAAGCAAGCAAACUUACCGGUAUCUUUUUAAGCUCAUCUCAUUGUCCUGCGCUGUUCGUCACUCGUAUCUCAAUACAAAAGGGAGCGGAGAAGAGUUUAGUAGCAGAUGUGUAA